CGCUGUUCAGUGUGGCGUAAAGGCCGAGGGGCUUUGGUUAAAAAUCUUUUGGGUGGUAAGCUCGAGGUGAACGCACUGCAAAACUGAUUGCUCUUGCAUAAUUGCUAUUUGCGCAGCCUCUUGUUCUAUUCGAUAUCGUCACUGAUCAACACGCCAUGGGGUUGAAAAUCAUCGUUGUGGGAGCUGGUAUUGCCGGCCUCACUGCUGCUUUGGCUCUGCGACAAGCAGGCCAUUCCGUCGAGAUCUUCGAGCGGUCGAAAUUUGCAAAGGAGGUGGGAGCGGCUUUGGGCUUGACACCGAAUGGAUCGCGCGUCCUCGACAAGCUGGGGUUCUCAUUCACUCGCGCCCGUGCAAGGGAGAUCACCAGCUGGGAUAUCAUCGACGGUGUGACGCUCAAGCUCGCCAAAAGCAUGGAUUUCACCGGGCUGCGGAAACAAUUUGGUUUCUCGGCCUAUGCGGUUCACCGCGUGGACUUCCACACAGAGCUGCUGCACCUAGCUCAGCAACCGGGCACUGCUGGUGAAGAGGCAGUGGCCUUGCACCUCUCUUCUCCUGUAGUGGAUGGCGACCCGGUAGAAGGCUGGAUCAUGCUGGAAGACGGGUCGAAGCAUUAUGCCGAUAUCAUUGUUGCGGCGGAUGGCAUCCAUUCGGUGCUCAGGUCUUUGGUGACAGGGUCCAAGGACAAGCCGCAUUCGACCGGACUCAGCGCUUUCAGGUUCUUGCUUCCCACUGAGACCAUGUGCAAUGACCCGGCUCUCCAGGAUCUGAUGGAGUGGAAGACCACGGGAGCCGCGACUCUCGCAGAUCCCAACGACCCAUUGCCGAAGCGGCACAUGAUGUGGUAUGACUGUCAAGACGGUGAAGUUCAAAACUUCGUGGGCAUAACUGCUUCGCGCGACAUCCCCAUAGGAAAAGAUGGAAGUCCUGAUUUCAAUGCUGCGAUGCUGGAAGACUUUGAAGCCUACCACGCGGACCUGAAGCACGUAAUCGAGAUUGCUGAGAAUGUCACCUGCUGGCCUCUGAGCAUCCAUGAUCCGCUCCCGUCUUGGACCAAGGGCAAGAUGGUACUGGUCGGCGACGCAGCUCAUCCCAUGCUCCCAUUCGGUGGACAAGGGUCCAACCAGGCCAUCGAAGAUGCAGGUGCCCUCGGACUCGUGCUGGCCUCUGUCAAUGACCCUGCCGAAGUGUCAGCGCGGCUGAAAGUGUUCGAGAACGUCCGCAUCAACCGAGUCUCGAUAAUUCAGACUUUGUCCAUGGUAAGGGCGGGAAAUGAGAAGAACGUCGAAGAAGCACUCAAGAAGUAUUACCCUCCGGGCGCUAAGAUCCCUGGUUCUUUCCCCGAGCGCAAUUGGGACGCUUUCAGUCAUAAUGUCCUCCAAGCGGCUGCCGAUGCUUUGGUGGAGGCAAAGAAGCAAACGCCCACCGAACCUCAACACGGCCAGGAGCUCCCAAACUUCAAUGCAGAGGCAUACCUUCUGCCACAGCUGACGAGGGAUUAUUUGAGCAGUCAAACGACACCGCAACUGGCGUAAGGGCGUUAAUGAGUGGCCCUUGCAACAAGCACAGGCUGCGUUGAUGCGGAAGGGGAAUCACUUAUGUAGAAGUAGACCGUCAUCGGAGGAUACGUGCAAAGAGCGCCAGAGCAGCCCCGUACUUAGUCCGUGAAGCGACGAUCAAUGGAGUUGACCCCAUAUUGCAUAGAAACGUGCUCGUUGUCAUAGCCUCGAGCAUGAUUUCUCGCUUGCUCGCCCCUUGUUUGUCCAGAAAUUCCAGAUAGGUAGCUACCUACCAGGUAAUGAGGGGGGGAUGAUCAUCAAAGAAGGUUUGAAAAGAUUCGCUGUUGCUGACGAGCCUAGAGACUGCAAGCCUA